AUGGAUGACGACUGGCGCGAGGACGGCAGCUUGAGGGACCUGAACGCCGGCGGCGGCGGGGGCGGCAAGGGCAAGGCACGCGGCAAGGGCAAAGGGCCGCAGUUCACGCGCGUGAUCCCCAAGUUCCUGCAGAAGUACCACCAGCCGCCGGCCAUCCAGGCAAAGUUCGCGACGCUGCCCAACGACGAGGAGGACGAGGGGCUGGACGAGGUGCAGCAGGCGGCGAUCGACGAGUAUCUGGCUAAAAGGGAAGAUAAGAAAGAGAAGAAGAAGAAAAGAGAAAAAGAAGAAGAUGGAGAAGAUGAAGAGGAGAACACAGACAAGAAGAAGACCAAGACUUCGGGGCAGACGGUGGUGCAGAUGGGCAAGGCGACGGACGCAACCAAGAAGAAGAAGCGCAAACGCACAGAUCGACCGACGCUUAGUAACAAGAAGUUGUUGUCCUUCUCGAUGGAUGACGAGUGA